AUGAUUACUUCUGAGAUUAGUGCUGCAUCCAACUAAAUCAAAAGUAGAGCCGAAUAGGAAGGCAUUUAUGAGGUUUGUUCUAAUUUAUUAACUAAAAAGUGUAAAUAUGUUUGGACGGCUGAAGAUGUAGAGAAACUGAAUGAACAGUACGAUUGUCUAUAAGGGAACUGGAAAUUGAUAAGUAAUUAUUUGAAUGGACCAAACCCACUUGAGUGUAUGAUGAAAUGGUAAUCAUUACAUCCGGAAAAUGUAAUAUUUUUUAAUUUGAUUUAAGACACUUUAAAGACAAUUGUGGUCCUAAGAAGAGGAUGAAUAAUUAAAGGAAUUAGUAUAGAAGUAUGGAAAAAAAUGGAGCAAGAUAUGUACAGUUAUGAAUUGGAGAACUGGAAAAUAAGUUAGAGAACGUUAUUUAAAUCAACUCUAGGGACAUAUCAAUAAUGAGAAAUGGACUGAAGAGGAGGAUAAAAUAAUUUUAAGACUGUAUAAGAAGUUUGGAACUAAGUGGAGUUAUAUCUCUACUUUUUUAAAAGGUCGUCCUGUAAUAUCCUAUACUUAUUAUUUAGGAAAAUAUGGUCAAAAAUAGAUUUUAUGCUAAUUUAAAAAGAAGGUAUUAAUCAGAUCUUGAAGAAUCUGAUGAAGAUGAUCAUUAAGAAGAUUCUUAAGAUUCAUUAAAUAUUACAAAAUAUAAAAAGAAAAAGAAAAACAAAUAAUAUAAAUUUAUAAAUAGCUCUAUUAAAAUAAAGAAAUCUUAGCUUAGAACUUUAUAAUUAGAUGUGCCUGAAAGGAUAACACGAUCAAAGGAAAAGAAUUAGCCAUCAAUUUAAGUUAAAUAAGAAAAUAUAGAUGAGAAUGAUAGAAAAAAUUAAAUAGAUUAAUAAGCCUUUAUAAAAGAGGAACCUAUAGUAAAUGAAAAAUAAUAGAAUCCUUAAGAAUUGUUACAUUAAUAAUAUGAAUAUUAAAAUGAAGCUUUCUAAAAAUUUCUGUUGGAAUAUGGAUAGCUUGGAAUAAACUAAUAAUAAUAAUUAUUAUUGGGAAUGAAUUAAUAAUAAUAAUAAUAAUAAUAAUAAUUAGGAAUUAAUUAAUAAUAAGAAUAAUUACUUUGUAAUUCACAUUAACUUGGUAUUCAAUUUAAUCCACAAUUGUGUCCAAGAUGUUUAGGAUGUUCAAAUAAUAUAGGAUAAUUUUAUUCAUUAGCAGAUAUUAGUCAUUUAUUUAAAAUGUUUUAAUAUCAGAUGUUUAUUCAAUGUUAACCAAAACUAGAAAUGACUAGUACGGUUAAUAUGAUGUAAAAUCAAAGUUAACCAAAUAAGCAAUAUAAUAACUUUAUAUUGCAGUGA